AUGACCGAGUUCCCUCCAUUGAAGAAUGAUUUGAUACUUAGAGCUGCUAGAGGUGAAAAGGUUGAAAGACCUCCCAUGUGGAUCAUGAGACAAGCUGGGCGCUAUCUGCCGGAGUACCAUGAGGUCAAAGGUGGCCGUGACUUCUUCGAAACGUGUAGAGACGCUGAGAUUGCUUCUGAAAUCACCAUUCAGCCAAUAGAUCACUUUGAUGGGCUGAUCGAUGCCGCAAUCAUUUUCAGUGACAUCCUCGUGAUUCCGCAGGCCAUGGGCAUGGACGUCCAAAUGAUUGACAAGGUUGGCCCUCGUUUCACAGACCCAUUGAGGGUGCCAGAGGACUUGGAGAAGCUGAGCAAGGAUGUCAAUGUUCUGAAGGAACUAGACUGGGCAUUCAAGUCCAUCACGUUGACCAGAAAGAAAUUGGAAGGCAGAGUGCCACUUCUGGGCUUCUGCGGUGCUCCAUGGACCUUGAUGGUGUAUAUGAUUGAAGGCGGUGGCUCGAAAAUGUUCAGAUUCGCCAAGGAAUGGUUGUUCAAGUACCCAAAGCAGAGUCACGAGCUUCUACAAAGAAUCACAGACGUUGCAAUGGAAUUUCUAGCUCAGCAAGUUGUUGCAGGUGCACAGAUGCUUCAGGUCUUUGAAUCAUGGGGUGGUGAACUGGGCCCUGAUGAUUUCAAGGAGUUUUCCCUACCAUAUCUCAGACAAAUCUCCUCUAAGCUGCCACCACGUUUGAAAGAGCUCGGUGUGAAGGAAGAUAUCCCAAUGACGGUGUUUGCAAAGGGCUCCUGGUACGCAUUGGAGGACCUCUGUGAGUCCGGCUACCAAUGCGUCUCCCUGGACUGGUCCUAUGACCCUGCUGCUGCAGUGGAGCUCUCCAACGGAAGAGUUACACUACAGGGUAACCUGGACCCAGGUGUGAUGUAUGGGUCCGAGGAGACCAUCACGAAGAAAGUCGAAGCCAUGAUUAAGGGCUUUGGUGGUGGUAAGGAGCACUACAUCAUCAACUUUGGCCACGGCACACAUCCUUUCAUGGACCCUGAGAAGAUCCGUCAUUUCCUGAAAGAGUGCCAUAGAAUUGGUGCCCAAUGA